AUGAGUUUUCCAUGGUUCAGAAUGACAUUACUAGGAGGCGGUCUGAUGGGCCUGGGUUAUCUCAUGAUGCGUGCGACCGUACCUACACCUGAUCAGACAUAUGCUGCGAUGUCACCUGAUCUGCGGCGAAAGGUUGAUGCAAAUCGUGCGGCCAGACUCGCCCAAGAGCAAACCAUGAAACGUCAAAUCGAUGCUCAGAGCGAUCCAGACGCAGAAAAACCCAUUUGGGCAAACCCACAAAAAAAGUAA